AAAUGAAGUCGGUAGCACAGAAAGACGGCCAGUAGGAACUAACUAAACUAAACUUAACUUAACUCUUAUUUAUCUCAAGAAGUCUUGUAGCCUAUAAAUAACUUGAAUAUGGCCGAAGAAGUGUUAAUUCUCAGUCCAGGCAAAAUAACAUCGCAUCUUACCUCAUCUCUGCUGGCAGUGGCUUUCCUCACCUCCUUUGGUAGCUCAAUGCUUUAUGGAUACAACUUAGCUGUAGUCAACUCUCCUGCUGGGUACAUUAAAGACUUCUAUAACCGUACAGUGGUAAGUCGCAAUGGAACUGGAUUAAACGAGGAGGCCCUGACGCUCAUGUAUUCACUCACCGUUUCUGUGUUUGGGAUUGGAGGCCUGAUCGGCUCUUUGAUGGUGGGCACUCUGGUCACCAAAUUUGGAAGGAAAGGAACAGUGGUCAACUCCACUGUACUGGUGUUCUUAGCAGGAUCAUUCAUGGGGUUCAGCAGGAUCUGCAGUUCGCCCGAAAUGGUGAUCUUCGGUCGUUUUAUAACAGGAAUACAUUCAGGUAUCUCUCUUAGUGUGGUGCCCAUGUACCUGGGAGAGAUUGCUCCUAAAAAUCUGAGGGGCUUCCUGGGGCUCAUGCCCAGCAUUUUCAUUUGUGCUGGGGUUUUCUUAGCUCAAAUCUUGGGCCUGCAUGAACUUUUGGGAAAGGAAGAGCACUGGCCCCUGUUUCUCUCUCUUGUGGUUGUCCCCACCUUUAUCCAGCUGAUGCUAUUACCGUGGUUUCCAGAAAGCCCACGCUACCUGUUGAUUGAGAAGCACAAUGUUCAUGCCACUAUCACCGCCUUGAAAUGGUACAGAGCCAAAUGUAACAUCCAGGCAGAGAUAGAGGAGAUGCAGGAGGAGCAACGCUCUCUGUCCUCAGUGGAGACCUUGUCUGUCUGGCAGCUGAUACUGGAUCACACUGUUCGCUGGCAGGUCCUAUCCGUGGUGGUCAUCAACAUCGGUAUGCAGCUGUCUGGCAUUGAUGCGAUCUGGUUUUACACCAACGACAUCUUUGAGAACGCUGGAAUCCCGGCCCCUGAGAUCCAGUACACGACUGUAGGAACCGGAGCUAUAGAGAUCGUUGCAGGCCUCAUAGGGUGUUUCACUAUUGAGCGUCUCGGGCGAAGGCCAUUGAUAAUUGGAGGCUUUGCUGUUAUGGGAAUGUGUUGUGCUGGGAUAACACUGUCUCUCAUUCUUCAAACACAUGUGCCUUUUAUGAAAUAUGUGAGUGUGGGGUGCGUGGUUGGGAUCAUCGCUGGAUUCUGCAUCGGGCCGGCGGGUGUUCCGUUCCUGAUCACAGCCGAGCUCUUCAAGCAAUCCCAUCGUCCUGCCGCAUACACUGUGGGAGGAUCUCUUAACUGGAUGUCGAACUUCACCAUCGGCUUUAUCUUUCCGUUCCUUCAGAGGUCUGCUGGGUCCUACUGCUAUCUGGUGUUCUGUGUCAUAUGCGUGUCAGUGGCCAUCUACGUGUACUUUGUUAUUCCGGAAACUAAAAAUAAGACGUUUGUAGAGAUUAGCCAGAUGUUUGCUACGAAAGAGGCUGUGGAAGAGAGCCAGGCCCUCACUCACCCGGACCAGCUCAAACUGAAAAAGAUGAAUGGAUACGGCUCACUUGAAAACGGUUCACUUGAAUUCGACAGUUCUUCUUCCUGUCCUUAAACUCAGAAGCAAAAAAUGCAUUUGAGGUUUAGGAAUUAGAUCAGUUAUCAGCCAUGCAUUAAGAAAGGCGCAGUUAAGUGAAUCUUCCUUUUAUGCUCAAUGGGCUCAGACUAACAGGAAGCCUGUGUCUCCUUAUAAUAAAACAUGAGCUGAAAUUGGUUUUCAGAAUCAGAUUUAGUUUUGUAAUGAUGCUUAAACACCCACAGCUUCGUGUUACUUUCUAUGCAAGAACAGUGCCGUAUACGUGUGUUACCACAUGUAUAUUGUUAUUGAGAAAUCUCAAACUAUGUUUUUUCACUAUUGAUCAUUUUUGUGUUAUGAAAGAAAUUCCUUCAUGUAUA